AUCAUCUGAUUAUCCGUAAGGUAAACAUAGGUGAUAAUUUUGAUAAUCUUGAUUAACCUGGGAGCCGUUCAGACCACCACCUGUGAAGAGACAAUAGAUUACAUCAUUAAUUCAUGGACCGGACUCCAUUUUUUCCUUUUCUUGUGUCCUCGGUGAAUGUAAAAUAUACCGUAUGGAAUUUUAUCAUGAAAAUUAAUUCCGUUCGAGUCUAGCUGUGGGUCUCCAUUUAAUUAUUAUGAAUACCAGAAGAUUAUUUCUUUGUAGGGUUUUUCAGUUUUAGAAUGAUCGUCAUACAAAAAUCCGGGGAUUUUUGAUCUACACACAGUAUGACUUAAAUUCGAUUCUUGCCAAUGUGAACACGGUUGGUUAAUUCCAUUCAUGUUUGAACAGGUAAAAAAGCGUGCAUUGUGAAAUCGUUACGCUUGACAACCCCUUCAUAAAAGUAAGUUCAAUGACGUGUUGGACUGGAGGCCGUUUAAUUUAUAAACAAGAAGGGCGUAUGCUUUCACCUACAGCCAGUGCUUGUGUGUACAGAAGAUAGGAAGGCUGAUAACACGGGAACAGGUCUAUCAAGACCCGGCCAUCAUUUUCGAAUUAUUUUUCGUCAGCCAUUGUCGCAAUGAUGUUUUAGGAUUCUGACUCUCAGACUGGGUCUGAUAUUUACGCUUCUGUAAUUUUGAGAAAUUUGAAUAAUUUUGAGAUCAUUUUAAGUGACAAAAUGGCUUGGCCAGGAGUGUUAAAAGUGGCGUUUGCUUUGACUUUAUUUGCACUGUUUUUUGUUGCUGUGGGAUAUGUCCUGCCCUGGUGGUUUGUGGGGAAAAAUUUCUACCUGGGUGUGUUCUACGGACUAGUCUGUUACCCUGGAGACAUAAGCGGUGGAAACUGUACGGUGUUCUCCUACCAAGACAUCAAGAUCGCCAGCCCUUCCGCCUAUUCACUGGCUGAACUGCCUCUCUUCGUCGUCCUGCAGAUCAUUACGUCAUCGGUGGUAGGGCUUACCCUACUAGCCAGCUUCAUUCUCCUUAUCGGCGCAUGCGGAAGUGUGAAGAGCAAAUGUCCUUAUGUGCUAGCAGCCAUAUUUCAAUUUUUCGGAGCUCUUAUUUCCGGACUGACUGUGGGUGCUUUUGCGUUCGUGUACGUUCAAACUUACGUCUCCCUGUCUGAUUACCUGGCAAUAGACGGCAAAGUAUUUCCGUAUUCCAUUCUCUCUUUUGGACUCGGUGGUUUCAUCCUUUUCAUUGCUUUUAUUUGUCUCGCCAUUGCAACAUGCACGUGGAAUAAUAUGGAUGACGAUGAUGAUGACGACAUGAAUCCGCGAUAUCCAAUGAAUGAUUACAGCAAAAGUGGUUAUGGCAACCAGGCGUACACAAGCGACAGGAGAAAUGACUACGUCGUUCCUAGCUCGCAGAAGUAUGGUUAUGAUUCCAGAAACGACUACAGCAGCUCUAGAAACGACUACAGCAGCUCUAGAAAUGACUACAGCAACUCUAGAAAUGACUAUAGUAGCUCAAGGAACGACUACUCUAGAAAUGACUAUCCUUCCAAACAAGAGUAUCCCUACAGAAACGACAACAUGUAUCGACCAUACAAUAAAGCACCCUCUCGAUAUUAGGAUAUUAGGAUAUGCUUUUUCAAAGGAAUCAGAAAGAGUAAAGUUAUUUGCCAUAAUCUGAAAAACAAAAAAUUCAAAACACCGAUGUAUAUGUGUUUCAACGGGUAUAAUAAGGUCGUUGGCGUGUUCUGAUUUGUAAACUAGUGAAGAAAUGCAUUCCGUUUACUAUCUGUUGUGGACAGCCGGUCCUAGCAUCGGCUACUUUGUCUAUUCAAUCUAACCAUCAAUCUCCUACAUUUCCGCGAAAUCAAAACCUAACUCUACGUGUAAGUGCAGUGCAAAAUCGCCUAACGGUUGUACUCAGGGAAUUUUGUUGGCACCCCACCACUUCAAUGUAUUUGGGGAAUCCAUUUGAGUGAGAACAAUCGACUGGGGAUUAUGAACUUUUACAAUAGCAUCAAUCAUGGAAGAUAAGAUGAAAUGUGGUACUGAAUGCGGAAAACCGACAUAACACGAGGAGGAAGGAAGUGAGGGGAAACGUGUAGCAUAUGUACAGUGUACAAUAACCAUCUUUUUUUUGGGUAUAAACCUGUCGCUUUAUAUGGUUGUUAUCAUUUCAUUUGUUUGAUUUACUGGGUGGCUACAAAUACACGUUGUUAAAGCAAGACAUCUCUGCUUGUCUUCUUUGAAUCUAUCCAUCAAAAUCAAACAUUUAAAACAUAAUUUAACGUGAUAUUGUAUUCACGUGCAGUAUGAUAAUUAUAUACAUUUUGUACAUUUUAUUUUAAAUCAUAUGUAUAUAUUACUGAAUAAAAUAUAUAUGACCAUACUA